GUGUGAUGGCGGCCCAGUGCAGACGUGGAGUGCGCUACGGUUAGCCCGGGCUGACUGGACCACCUUUUUCUGUAAUUUCUACUAGCUGCGAACUGCAUUCAAAGGAUUCUAGGACACCGUCAAGCCACGCAAUGGAGGCAGUGACCUUGGAGGAUGUAGCUGUGAACUUCACCAUGGAGGAGUGGGCUGUGAUGAAUCCAUCUCAAAAGAAGCUCUACAGAGAUGUGAUGCAGGAAACAUUUAUGAAUAUGACUGCUAUAGGUUACAAUUUAGGAAGAACCUGGGAAUGCUCUCAAAUUGAAGAAGAAUACAAAAAUUGCUCCAGAAAUCUAAGAAAUGAAGAGGUAGUGAAAUUCUAUCAAAAUAAACCUUGGAAUCAACAUGGAAAAACAUUCCUUUGGACUUCAGAGGAGAAUGUGGAAAUGCAACAGACUGCUCUAAAACAAGCUGAAAGCCUUCCCUGUAGAAAGCCCCUGAUUGGACAUUUAUCAUUAAACAUGUCUGUUUUUUCUCACACUGGACUGAAGCCACGUGAGUAUUUGGACUUUGAUGAUAAGCUAUGUAAUUGUAAUGAACAUGAAGAAACCUGCAGUGAUUUACAGUCAUUUCAGAAGAAUGCAGGAACAAAGCCUGGAGAGAAAGCCUAUCAAUAUGAGGAAUGUGGGAAAACCUACUGUGAACUCAAGGAAAGAAUUUACCCUGGAAUGGAGACCUUAGUAUGCCAGAAAAGAGUGAAAGGCUCCAGCACUCCCAGUGGUAUUAAAAUCCAUGAAAGAAUUCACACUGGUAAGAAACCCUAUAUAUGUAACCAGUGUGGAAAAGGAUUUGCUGCUAAGUCUUCAUUUCUUAGACACAAACGAACCCACACAGGUGAGAAAGCCUAUAUAUGUAAGCAAUGUGGGAAAGCAUUCACUACACCGAGUUACUGUAAAAUACAUGAAAGAAGUCACACUGGGGAGAAGCCCUAUGUAUGUGAGAAAUGUGGAAAAGCAUUCACUAGACAGAUGUGUUAUAAAAUACAUGAAAGAAUUCACACUGGGGAGAAGCCCUAUGCGUGUAAACAAUGUGAUAAAACAUUCACUACACUGAGUAAUCGCAAAAUUCAUGAAAGAAGUCACAAUGGGGUGAAACCCUAUGCAUGUAAGCAGUGUGGGAAAUCAUUCGCUACACUGAGUUAUUGUAAAACACAUGAAAGAAUUCACACUGGCGACAACCCAUAUGUAUGUGAGAAAUGUGGAAAGGUAUUCACUACACUGAACUAUUGCAAAACACAUGAAAGAAUUCACACUGGUGAGAAACCCUAUGUAUGUAAACAAUGUGGAAAAGGAUUUGCUGAUAAAUCUGUAUUUCACAGACAUAGACAAAUCCACACAGGUCGUAAAACCUAUAUAUGUAAGCAGUGUGGGAAAGCAUUCACUACACUGAGUUACUGUAAAAUACAUGAAAGAAAUCACACUGGCGAGAAACUGUAUGUAUGUGAGAAAUGUGGAAAAGCAUUCACUACCCUGGGUUAUCGUAAAAUACAUGAAAGAAGUCACAUUGCUGAGAAACCAUAUAUGUGUGAGACAUGUGGAAAAGGAUUUGUCGAUAAGUCUAUAUUUUGUAGACAUAAACGAACCCACACAGGUGAGAAAGCCUUUAUAUGUAAGCAAUGUGGGAAAGCAUUUACUACAAUGAGUAAUUGUAAAAAACACGAAAGAAGUCACACUGGGGAGAAACCCUAUGCAUGUAAACAGUGUGGGAAAGCAUUCACUUCACUGAGUUAUUGCAAAAUACAUGAAAGAAAUCACUCUGGGGAGAAACCAUAUGUAUGUGCAAAAUGUGGAAAAGCAUUCACUACACAGAGUUACUUUAAAAUACAUGAAAGACUUCACACUGGUGAAAGGCCCUAUGUAUGUGUGCAGUGUGGAAAAGGAUUUGCUGAUAUGUCUGUAUUUAAUAGACAUAAACGAACCCACACAGGUGAGAGAGCCUAUGUAUGUAAGCAAUGUGGGAAGGCAUUCACUACACCGAGUUCUUGUAAAAUUCAUGAAAGAAGUCACUCCGGGGAAAGACCCUAUGUAUGUGUGCAAUGUGGAAAAGGGUUUGCUGAUAAGUCUGUAUUUUUUAGACAUAAACGAGUCCACACAGGUGAGAAACCCUAUGCCUGUAAGCAAUGUGGGAAAGCUUUCACAACACUGAGUUAUUGUCAAGUACAUGAAAGAAAUCACACUUGUAAGAAACUGUAUGUGAGAAAUGUGGAAAAACCUUCAGUACACUGAAUUAUUAUAAAGUACAUAAAAUAAGUCUCACUCAGGAGAAGCUAAGCAGCGUGGGAAAGAAUUUGCUGAUAAAUCUAUAUUUCAUAGACAUAAAUGAAUCCAAGCAGGUGAGAAAGCCUAUAUAUAUGUAAGCAAUGUGGGAAAGCACUCACUACACUGAGUUACUGUAAAAUACGUGAAAGAAUUCACACUGGGGAGAAACUAUGCAUAUAAACAAUAUGGGAAAGCAUUCGGCUCACACAGUAACUUUAAAAGGCAUGAAAGUAUUCACACUGGGCAGAAACACUAUAUAUGUAAGAAAUGUAGGAAAAGAUUCACUCUACACCAUUAUUAAGUGCUCAUGCUAAAGGGAGGCCUUAUGUGUUAAGGCAGUGAGGGUAUGGAUUCAGUACGCACAGAUGUUAGCAAGGCAUGAAAGAACUGACAUUGGGGAGAAACCCUUUGUGUGCAAGGUGGGAAAGACUUUUCUACAUACAAAUAUUGUGAAAGACUUGAAUUCACACAGGUCAGUAACUAUGCAAGUAAACUGUGAAAAAAGAUUUGGUAGUCCUAGAUCUCACUGUUCCGGAGCUCCAUGUGUAUAAAUAAUGGGAAAAUUUUCAAUGAACAGCUGUUACUAACUACAUGAAAGAUGUCACACUGGGGAGAAACCCUGUAUAUUUAGGCCUAAUUUGACAAUCCUGUGAAAAUUGCUAUUGUAAUAGAGCCCUAUAUAAUUUCAUUGAAAAUUUUGUUAUCAAUAUCCCCUCAUAAAUUUUCUAGAAAGUACACACCCAGAUGGAGAUACCUUCGAAUGUAUCCCUUCUGAGUUCUUUAGUUAAUCACUUGUAAACGUCUGAAUGAUGUGUCUGUAGUCUUUACAGUGAAAAUUUUGACAUAAUAUAUUUUUGUGGAAGCUGUCUGUAAACUUAAUAUAAUUAAACAAGGUUAAUGGAAAUGUAUGUCUCACUUCCAAAUAGGCUUACCAGUUACGUGGUUUUAAUUUUGUUUUUCCCGUGGGGAGGUAUAUGCUACUAAAAGAUAACUGGUAUUCAUUGUUUUUUAAUUCAUGGGAUUUCCCAGUAGCUUUGAUUUAAUUUUUUGGUGUAUACAAUUCUUACCCUGUGUAAAGAAAGAUUUUUGAAUUUGAUUUUCUACAUGUAUACAUAUUUAGACAUGUGAAUUUAUAUUUUUGAAAAGUUCAUUUGUUUUCACAAUUUAUAGAUUACCAAAUGUUUCAUUUUUUAUAUCCUAACAAGAUAUCUACAUAUAUCAAAACAAUUAGGUCAGGUGAAUAAAUCACCUGUUUUGCUUUUAUGUUGGGGUCACUAUUACCAUCAGCAUUUUACUUUUUAUGCUUAUAUUGGUAUGACUUGUAAUUUUGUAUUAUUGUUACAACCACUUCUAACAAAAAAUAAACCAUACUGCAGUGAGUAUCUGAUUGUGACAGAUCAGAUGGACCAUGGCUUGUGUUUUAAAAGGAUAUCAUGUACUACAGUAAUGUGUAAGUCUGUACCUACUAGAGAAACAGAUUUAAUGUGAGAUUUACAAAUAUAUAAGAAUUUUUAAAAUUUGCCUGCAAUGCUGCCCACAGAAUCAGAUGUGGAAGAAUGCAAAAGGUUUGUCUAUUAACUGGAUUUCAAAAAAUCCAGUUGAAGGCUUAGAGUCCACUGUAGUGUCCCAUGCAAAGCUACCAGGAGACCAAAGUGUCUGUGCAAGAAGACUGAAUGGUCUUACCUGGAGAUUAAAGAGAUGUUGCUGCUGAGCUAGAGACGGAACAGUCUGUGCGGGAAGCCAGGAGAUGCCUUCCAAGGUAAUGGUGAAUACUGGAGCUCCUCAUAGAGACAGAACAAACUUUCUUUUUUGUUUCUUUUUUAUACCAUUAUGGCGGCAAUCCUUCCUCUGGUUGAUUGAUCUUCUAACCCCAGCUCUUUGCAGCAAGAAUUUAGUUGGGCAUGCAAUACUCAAGUUGACACAAUCAGUUAGCUAUCACAAUCCACCCACUGACAACUUCACAGCCAGACAUUUCUUUAAACUAUGGUUUCCAAAUAAAAAGAGGAGCUUCUAAAUACACUGAAU